AUGCGCUGUAGGCGCCUUUGCCAGAGGACUCCUGCUGGAAAGCUCCAAGUUGAUCCUGCCAUAGCCGAACAAUGGCGGGCUGGAGGGGAACAAAGGGAAGCCUUGGAAAUGGCGUUACUCGAGUCACUGUCUCGCUUUGGCACAGCCCGUUCCAACUACAAGAGAAUCAAGAACGACUUUGUUCAGAAGACCAAGCUCAUCAGGGAGCGGUUGGAGAGCCGCACAGAAGAGAUUCUUGGCGGUUGGUAUACGGAGGAGGCUUUGCGGAAGUCGGGAAAGUAUUCCAACACUUCUGUGAAAGCAAUCAUCAAGUACUGCAAGAAGUUCCCAGAGUCCCUUUGCAGGCAUUGGCAGUACGAUGAAAAGAAGAUGGAGUACUAUGUGAUCUAUGAG